UGUGUACUCUUGAACGGAUCGCGUCAUAUCGUAUGAGUUUUGUGGUAUUGUUCGUCUUUCCAUGAAAAGCAAAUGUAGUGAAGAAGUAACUGAUUGACACGAAUUACAAUCAACGGAUGUCCAGGUCUUCGAUCGGUGCCCUGUUUUUACAUACAAGUGUCAUGCAGAAAGCAAUAUUAGUUGACGUAUGUCUUUAUGUAGAUACGCGGUACGCGUUAUGUUAUGUUCGAUGAAAAAAUUUUUUCCAUGUUAUUUUUUAAAUGAGAUGUAUUAUCUAUUUUGGAAACUUUUCUUUAAAGAAAGGGAUUAAUGAAUUAGAAGAUACAAUACGUAAUUGCGAAGAAGCUGGCGUGGCUACUUGAAGUCUGAUAUACAUAGCAGUUUUUAAAAUUACUUAGAAAAUUGAGAAGUUACUUCAUUCUUGAGACGAGAGAAAGAAAUAAGAAAAAUAUAUGAUUUAGAAGAAUCGAUUCAAAGAUCACAAAAACUGAGUGAAAUAAAAAAACAAAAUGGGUCGGAAAGUCACUGUAGCUGCUUGCACGUUGAAUCAAUGGGCCAUGGACUUCGAUGGAAAUUUUAAAAGGAUUCUUCAAAGUAUAGAGGAAGCUAAAGCAGCUGGUGCAACUUAUAGAAGUGGUCCGGAAUUAGAAAUCUGUGGUUACAGUUGCGAGGAUCACUUCUACGAAUCUGAUACAUUGUUACAUUGUUGGGAAGUUUUAGGAAUGCUCAUGAAGUCUAGUAUUUGCGAAGAUAUUUUGAUUGACGUUGGGAUGCCAGUGAUGCAUAAAAAUGUAACUUACAAUUGCAGAGUUACGUUUCUAAAUUGGUGCGUUUUAUUGAUCAGACCAAAAAUGUUGUUAUGCGAGGAUGGAAAUUAUCGAGAAUCAAGAUGGUUUUCUCCUUGGACGAAGGAACGUACCGUAGAGGAUUACUUUUUACCAAGAAUGAUAUCUCAACUGACCGGACAAAAUGUAGUACCUUUUGGUGACGCUGUUAUAUCUACCAGAGACACUUGCAUAGGUUUUGAAAUAUGCGAGGAACUUUGGAAUCCACGUAGCUCUCACAUACCAAUGUCGAUGGACGGCGUCGAGAUAAUAGCUAAUGGAAGUGGUUCUUAUUUCGAGCUUCGUAAGGCCUAUGUAACUGUGGAUCUCGUUAAAUCGGCAACGUUUAAAUGCGGUGGUUGUUACAUCUUCAGUAAUUUACGUGGUUGCGACGGUGGAAGGAUUUACUUUAAUGGUGGCUCUGGUAUAUUCCUUAAUGGAUAUAUUUUAAAUCGAGGAAAACAAUUUGCAUUGGAGGACGUCGAAGUUACCGUCGCGACGUUCGAUCUGGAAGACGUAAGAAGUUACAGAAAUAAUAUAAGAUCGAGAUCUCAUUCGGCAGCACGCUCGGAUCCAUAUCCACGCGUCAAAAUAGAUUUUGUUCUUUCUUCGGAAAAUCUUAUUACAAAUCCUUCUGACAAACUUAUAAAUAUGGAACGAAGGAAUUCAUGCGGUAAUAUGAAUGGAAAGUUAAAUGUAUCUUAUCAUACGCCGGAGGAAGAAAUUUCAUUGGCGCCUGCUUGUUGGCUAUGGGAUUAUUUGAGACGUUCCUGUCAAGGUGGAUUUUUCUUACCUUUAAGCGGAGGCGUUGAUUCUUCUUCAUCGGCUUGCUUGGUCUAUAGUAUGUGUAAUUUAAUAGUCGAAUCUGUUAGCAAAGGAGAUGCUCAGGUCCUAUCAGAUAUUAGAAAAAUUGUUGGAGAUUGCGAGUACGUGCCGACCGAUCCAAAACAACUUUGUAAUACUCUUUUGGUGACCUGUUACAUGGCAACUGAAAAUUCAUCUGCCGAAACUAAAGCAAGGGCAGCCGAAUUGGCGAAACAAAUUGGUUCUUAUCAUCAUAAUAUUAUUAUCGAUACGGCUGUAUCAGCUAUUCUAGGUAUAUUUCAGCAGAUAACGAAAAUAGUGCCGAGAUUUAAGGUACACGGUGGUUCCCCAAGGGAAAAUCAAGCUUUGCAAAAUAUUCAAGCACGUUUACGCAUGAUAAUAGCAUAUUUAUUCGCACAAUUGAUGCUUUGGAUUCGAGGACGUCCAGGUGGUCUUUUAGUACUUGGAAGUACGAACGUAGACGAGGCACUUCGUGGAUAUUUAACAAAGUACGAUUGUAGCAGCGCAGACAUUAAUCCAAUAGGUGGAAUAUCUAAGAACGAUCUCAAACGAUUUCUCCAUUAUUUCAGAAAGAAGCACGGAUUGUCGGCCUUAGACGAUAUCUUAAAAGCUCCACCGACGGCUGAACUCGAGCCUUUACAAGAAGGACAAUUAACUCAAUUGGACGAAGUAGAUAUGGGGAUGACGUACAACGAGUUAGAAACUUUUGGACGUCUUAGAAAACAACAUUGUGCCGGACCAUACAGUAUGUUUUGUCGGCUCGUAAAUACUUGGGAUAAUUAUACCCCAAAGGAGGUUGCCGACAAAGUCAAACAUUUUUAUCGUUGUUACGCCAUACACCGUCAUAAGAUGACCAUUUUGACGCCAUCCUGUCAUACAGAAACUUAUAGUCCUGAUGACAAUCGUUUCGAUCAUCGUCCGUUCCUUUAUAAUCACACUUGGAAAUGGCAGUUCAAUGCUAUCGACGAACAGGUAAAACGAAUGAACACAAAGGAGGAGGAACCGACCAGAUCGAAGAAAGACUCGCCAAAAGUGCCAGCUAAGCCGAGACACGUGCCGUUCAACUCUGUAAUCAGCAAUAAAACACAUCCCGGAGUAAUAGUUUAGUAGCCGUAGCUCUGUCUCUCUCUCUGUCUCUCUUUUAUCAUUUUGACAUUGCAGCGUCAACGAGCGGAGAAAAAGAAAUUGGACUUCGUAUAUGUGUGUGCGUGUGCUGUUCUUGAUGAUAUCACAAGAAAGAUAUUUUACAAGAAAGAUGUCUCGUAUUUCUCUCGUUUUUUUUUUUCUCAUUUUUUUUUUUU